AUGGUUACCACUGAUCCUAUCGAUUAUCCUUUCCAUGCAGACGAAGAAGGAUGGCCUGAAACAGUUUAUGAUCCAACAUAUCCUCAUGAAUAUUAUUUUGAUCUUGGAAAAAAUCCAAACGAAUUUAAAUCGAAUGUACGACCUCCAGUUCCUAUUCGUCGGCAUACUCCAGGUUCUACGGAUCCGACACAACCAGAAAUUAAAAAGCGAAUUGAUUCAUCAAAGCCAAAAGUAAGAUUGUUUUCUGGCCAAAAAUCAAAUCGAUCUGAUACUUUUACUAUGACUGCUCGAAAUAAACCGUCAACGCCAAGAGAUCCUGAUGAACGACCUAUUAAACCAAUGAAAAAUACAGCUAUCUACAAUCAACCAUCAUCAGCGCCAAAAUCAACUUCAAGAGAAACGCCCUUUAAAUUACCAAAAAUAAAAAAUACUCCUAGAUCACUUCAGCCUGAUUCAGUUCGAUUGCUACCACCACGCAGACAAAACAAUAGUGUAACACCUCGUCGUCCUAUUUUUGCUGAUAUCUAUGCUAAGCCAUCAUCACGUAUUCCAUCGCAACGUGUUAGAUCUCGUAUUCCGUUACAACGCGUUAGAUCUCGUCCUGUUAUUGUUGAAGAAUAUAUUUACGAUUAUAAUGAUAAUGAUAAUGAUAAUGAUGAAGAUGAUGAUGAAUUCGAACCUUACGUUGAGCCUACUCCAGCGAAAAUUAUUUCUUAUAAAGAAGUAUCAGGUAUGACAACACGCGAAAGGGAAAACUAUAUGAUGUCGAGAAAUCACCAUUCUGUUCCCGCUCAGCCAUUAUUAAAACGAAGAAUAUUCUAUCCAAAUUAA